AUGAUAGCUUACCCAUAUGCUAUCCCUCCCAUUACUUCUGCAUCCCCGCACGCUCUUACCACCGACUUUUCCCGAAGACUAGCUCCAACAUUUGCUGCACGGAAGCGCCCUCUGCUCUCCCGGGAUCCACUCUCCACAUUCCCAUUUCAUUGCCUCCAAAUAUCAGGAUCCACUGCUCUCACACGGGAUACUACCCUCAACUUUAGUAUUAAAACGCGUACACCAGGCCCCCACAAGUCCUCCUGUCGUUUCUUCCCAAUACUCUUCAUCCGCCGCACCCGCAGAUCCAUAGAUCACUACCAUACCUCUGACUUGACAUCCGCGGUCUUUCACAUCUUGCUGCUUAGUACAUAUCCGAUCGACCCUGCUGAGAAGAACCAGAAAUUACACUCAGGUACAAGGGCGGCAACAUUGAAUUAUCUGUACCCACCUCGUUUUAUCAUUGAGCUUUCGACACAGUGCAAGUCUGCACCUGCCAUCGCCCAUCCGUUAUCCUCCACCCUCUCCCCUUAUGCAACCUUUGCCAACAUGUCAUCGUCCCCCACAGCGCCCAACUCUGCCUCCAAAAUCUCCAACUCUCUAAAUCCGCUGCAAGCAUCUACCGUGCCUCCAUUCAAUCGCCCAGCAGGGCGGAACGUCCAUAUCUACGAUGCCAGCGACUCUGAUACUGUGCUUGGUGGCAUGAUUAUCACUGUCAGAGGUACACAUGCCAAGUUUUACUUAAUGGUUGAGAUUCUCUUCAUAUUUACAAGCACCUUCUUUCUGCGAGAUGAGGGUGAAACAAAGAUGGAAAGGGAUGAUCAUCCACUCCAACCUGGGAAGUACUAUAUUGUUGAUUCCGCAUGUUCUUUUGAGGUCAAUAAUGAGCCAUGGCUUGUCCGAACAAUUUCUCGUGCCACUGGAACCCGCGUUGCCGCUUUCUGUGAUGCUGUUCAUUCGCGAGAUCGCCGAUGUAUUAUUUUUGGAGAAUGUGCGCUUACAAUUAAUAGGAUUGACUUCUGGUCCGGUUUCGAAGGUGCACGUAUCUUCCCACUAGACUACAGAAGUUACUAG